AUGCAGCAGUCAUUGACAGGAAUUAUGACAAUAGCUCGGACACUGAUGAUGUUCACCACAUUUCCAACAUAUGUAUUUACUCUAGGUAGUGCCUCAAUACAGCCCUUUAAUAAAAAUCUCACACCCAAAUUUGCUGAUGGCUGCACUGAUUGGUCUGUUGAUAUCAAGAAAUAUCAAGUUUUGGUAGGAGAGCCUGUUCGAAUCAAAUGUGCACUCUUUUAUGGCUAUAUCAGAGCAAAUUAUUCCCUUGCCCAAAGUGCUGGGCUCAGUCUGAUGUGGUACAAAAGUUCUGGUCCUGGAGAUUUUGAAGAGCCAAUAGCCUUUGAUGGAAGUAGAAUGAGCAAAGAAGAAGACUCCAUUUGGUUCCGGCCAACAUUGCUACAGGACAGUGGUCUCUACGCCUGUGUUAUCAGAAACUCUACUUACUGCAUGAAAGUAUCCAUCUCACUGACAGUGGGUGAAAAUGACACCGGACUCUGCUACAAUUCCAAGAUGAAAUACUUUGAGAAAGCUGAACUUAGCAAAAGCAAGGAAAUUUCGUGCCGUGACAUAGAGGAUUUUUUACUACCAACCAGAGAACCUGAAAUUCUUUGGUAUAAGGAAUGUAGGACAAAAUCAUGGAGGCCAAGUAUUGUAUUCAAAAGAGACACCCUGCUUAUAAGAGAAGUUAGAGAAGAUGACAUUGGAAAUUAUACCUGUGAAUUAAAAUACGGAGGCUUUGUUGUGAGAAGAACUACUGAAUUAACUGUUACAGGUAACCACAGUCUUCAAUAUUUAAUUUUCAACUAA